AUUUAGUCACGUGUUGUAACUGGGGAUGCCGAAGUCGAAGAGGGCGAAACAGAUUUCCUUGACGAGAACAAAAAGAAAAGGACUGGAAUCGAAGAAAGGGCUCGUACACGAGAUUCAAGAAUGUUGUGACAACUAUGCCAACAUUUUCAUCUUCAACGUGGAAAACAUGAGAAACAGCAAACUGAAAGAGGUUCGAACAGAGUGGAGACACAGCAGGUUUUUCUUUGGCAAAAACAAGGUGAUGGCUUUAGCUCUGGGUAAAACACCUGAACAGGAAUACAAGGACAACCUUCAUCUUGUUAGUCAGAGACUAAAAGGCAGUGUCGGAUUGUUGUUUACUAAUCAGUCAAGAGAAUACGUGACCAAUUGGUUCGAUAAGUACAGAGAAAUGGACUACGCGAGGUCUGGCAGUACAUCAACUCUUACUGUCGUUCUUGAUGCUGGACCACUUGAAGAAUUUUCACACGCAAUAGAACCACAGCUGAGACAACUCGGAUUACCCACAACUCUAAAGAAAGGCGUCAUUACACUGCUUGAAGACUACCAGGUGUGUUCACUAGGAGAUACUCUUACACCAGAGCAAGCAAAAAUAUUGAAGUUGUUGGGACAUCCGAUGGUGGAGUUCAGAAUCCAGUUAGAGUAUGCGUGGAGUAAUGGAGAGGGAACGGAGUUGACAUCGUAGAACAGUAUAGGAAUGGUGGUUGAGUGUGACUAGCUUUUGAGGUAGCUAUACAUUCACUGGGGUAAAGAUAGUUUACUUUUGUCAUCACUGUUAAGGUGAGCUGCAUGACAAUAGACCGACGUCUCUUAUAU